GAUAUUCUUGUCAGCUUGCAUGGGCGCACAGCUCUCCAUCUUGCAGCUCACAAGGGCCAUCUUGGCGUUGUCCAGAUUUUACUCAAGGCAGGCUGUGAUGUGGACCUUCAGGAUGAUGGUGAUCAGACAGCUUUGCACCGAGCUACUGUUGUAGGGAAUACAGAUGUAAUAACAGCUCUUAUCCAUGAAGGGUGUGCUUUGGACAGACAAGACAAGGAUGGGAACACAGCUCUCCAUGAAGCCUCUUGGCAUGGAUUCAGUCAGUCCGCCAAACUGCUUGUUAAAGCAGGAGCUAAUGUUCUUGCCAGAAACAAGGCAGGCAAUACACCAUUGCACUUGGCUUGCCAAAACAGUCAUUCGCAAAGUGUUCGGGUUUUGCUGCUUGGAGGCUCUCGGGCAGAUAUCAAAAACAAUGCAGGAGAUACCUGUUUGCAUGUUGCAGCACGUUAUAAUCACUUACCCAUCAUUAGGGUGCUCCUCAGUGCUUUCUGUUCGGUCCAUGAAAAGAAUCAGGCCGGUGAUACAGCCCUUCAUGUAGCUGCUGCACUAAAUCACAAAAAGGUGGUCAAACUCUUGUUGGAAGCAGGAGCUGAUGGGACAAUUGUUAACAACGCUGGUCUGACCCCACUAGAGGCUGCCAGAGAACACAACAACCCUGAGGUUGCCCUUCUGCUCACCAAGGCUCCACAGGUUUCACGUUUUAAUCGUGGAAGGAGUUUGAGGAAGAAGAGGGAAAGACUCAAAGAAGAAAGGCGAGCUCAGUCAGUACCAAGAGAUGAAGUGGUUCAGAGCAAGGCCAGUGCCUCAGCUGGAGAUGACACUCACAGCAGUUACCAGGUCCCUCAAGGGAUAUGUGACUUGAAAGAUGAAGCCCAGCUGCCUUUGUCAGAGCUCAAAGGGACGAAGAAUAAAAAGAAGAAACUGAGAGAAAAGGUUUCAGCCCACUCAGAUCCCACAUCACCAGCUGACCAGCAGAUGCCUCCUGGCCCACAGCAGAAUUUACCCAAACGCAGAAGUAAACACCGUUGUGCAUCGCCCCCACCACCACAUGAAUUCAGAGCCUACCAGUUAUAUACACUCUACCGUGGAAAGAAUGGGAAGAUCAUGCAGGCACCAAUAAAUGGAUGCCGUUGUGAGCCACUGAUAAAUAAAGUAGAGAAUCAGCUUGCAGCAGCUGUGGAAGAAAUAAAAGCUGAGUUUGUGACUGUACAGGAUAAGAUGAAUAGCAAACUAGGACAGAUGGAAAACAAAACGCAGCAUCAGCUCCGUGUUUUAGACAAAUUGAUGGCAGAGAGACUGUCAGCAGAACGGACAGAGUGCCUCCAUCGCCUUCAGCAGCAUGCUGAAUUGGAAAGAAAUGAAGGGGAGACACGGCAGGUUUCAUUGGUGGGCGAUUUGAAAGCAUGGUGCAUGUUAAAAAUUCAGAAUCUGGAACUGAAGCUUUCUGGAGAUUCUAGAUCUUCAAGACCAAAAUCAAUGCAGUCCACGUGCGAGUCUCUCACUGAGACCCUGGAUACAGAAAAUCUUCAUAGUACGAAGGACUGUAAAACAAGCCAGACUCCACUGCAGUCAGAUGGGUCACACCAGCAUUCUUGCAUUGCUCUUCAGAAUAGUCUCUCAGAAGAUACUAGUAGGAGUCAACUGCAAACAACAGAACAAAGCUUUGGGAAGCAAUAUUUUGUAGUUCAACAAGCCAACACAUCAGGAACAGAGCACCAGGUAGUCAUUGCUGGCCCUGCUCCUUCAACAGUAUCUCCUCCAGUCGUGAGGCCUAAGGACAAAGCAGGUUAUGGCAGACUGCAACAGGAAUUGCCACUGUCCCAGUACUCAGGUUCCAAAUUACGGCACAUUAAAGUCCAGACUGUUUCACAGGCCUCUGCUGAAUGUACAAAGCCAGAGUCACAGAGUGGCUACUGUGUGGACAAAGGAACUCAAACAAAGAAAUCAAGCAGAAGUGGUCAGUUGAAGCACAGGCCCCACCAACAUACAGCAGCUCACCCUGUGCCGCACCAGCAACUGCUUGCUGUCCCUGAAGGAAACCAGCCCAGACCUCAACUUGGAAGCACUUCUCAGGCACUGGAAAUUACACAGUAUUUCUUUGAGGCUGUUUCGUGUCAGAUGGAGAAGUGGUAUGAAAGGAAGAUUGAGGAAGCUCGGAAGCAAGCUGAUCAGAAAGCCCAGGAGGAUAAAACAGCCCUUAAAGAACACAUUAAAAGUUUGGAAGAGGAACUUCGUAAGUUAAGGACUAAGGCGCAAAAGGAAAAUUAGUCCAUGAUCAUGAAAGACACAUUGUAUUUUCACA